CUGAGAAAAGCUGGUUAUAGAAGCUCUAAAGUUUUACAAGAGAACACAUGGCUUACCAGUUUACAAACUUAUUCCCCGUAUUGGUGGGCGUCUGUCUGACCGCCACACUUCCGGUUGAGCCGCAGUCGUGGCUGUCCCUAGUGGAGCAACUGCUUGAAAAAAUGGUGCGAAUGGAGCUCAACGUGGAGGCCAUGCAUAAGGAGAUUACACAGGCGCUUGACCAGGUUACUUCUGGUCUUAAGGACGUAGACGCUAUGAAGCAGACGGUCGGGGCUCUGCAGACGUAUUUUUCUGACAACAAAUCAGACAAUGUUGUGGCGUUCAACGCUCACACGAUUGUGGACAAAUCACUUGCUACGGGUCAGGUUCUCGUGUUCAGCAAUCCUCUGUUCAACAUCGGGAAGGCAUACGAUAGUGGGGCAGGAAUCUUCACGGCGCCCGUCUCCGGGGUCUACUUUUUCUCCGCACACUUCUGUCUUUAUUUAGCUAGGCAUUGGUACUACGCUUUCAUGAAAGAAAACGACGUCGUUGUUGUAAAGGGUGUCAAGUAUGACGGCCAAGAGUACGUGUGUGAAACGGCGAGCGCCGUUGUUCUCCUGCUGCAAAACGAGAGACUGUGGAUAGAGUGUCGAUCAGGAAGUACAGACGACCUGUUCUUCAGUAAUUCUUAUCGUAAAAGUUCCUUCUCUGGGGCCUUGCUCCACAGGGUGAAUGAUUACCCGUAGGGAGUAGGGAUUGCACAUGCAGAGAUGGUGAAUAUGAUAUAGGAAAACGAACAGUAUCGUAUGUUGAAGUGUUGUAGCAAGGCUCUGAUCAUUUGGUAGUACCUACCUACUUACGUUUACCAGUGACUAAGUGUAAUGUACAGUUAACUUAUAGGUGUUUUGAUAUCUGUCUUAAAUAACGACACUCAAAGUUUGUAUUUAUUAAUCUUAAUCACAUUCACGUGUUAAAAGCUAUAAUGCAUAGUUUAUUUACCAUCUCAAAGAUAAAGUGAUAACCCAAUGUGUUACAUGUCGGCGGUAUACUGUUUGAAAUCACCAUUAAAGAUAACAUACACUACAACAGCUCAUAUAAAAAGAAAUCAUGAAUUGGAACGGAUACAUGUUUAACUUUAAAUAACUAAGAAAUAUAUCGAAUUGCACAUUUAGCCAUUGUACGCUCGCUUUUGUACUGAUUUCGAAUAAAAUAUUUACAGAAUAA